AUGUCGGAAGAUCGGAAAGUGGAGGACGACCUCCGGCGGCUGAAGGUCAAAGUAAAAAAAAAGGUCAAAGGCUUGUGGAGAAGUUCCGACAAAUUGGAAAUACCGACGGCUGAUAAUGAAGGGCCUUCUGAGCAAUCAACGCCCGACUCCCAACAAUUAGCCACUGGAAGCCUACAAGGGGGGCAACCCCAGCUAACUGCAGACUCUGUUACGCCUGGAGUCGCUCCCCACCAGCAAGAUGCACUUUCGGCUAAGGCAGAGGUUACAGAUACGGCCGGUUGGGACAAGAUCUGGGUUGAAGCAUACAAGAUGGUCAAGGAAGACCCAAAGAAAGCAAGUCUCCUUGCCAAAUUUGAGUUGUUCCUGGAGAAUAGAGGUCAGACUGUCGAGCCUGCGACCAAUGAUGAUGCCUCUACUGCGGUUGACAGUUUUACUCGACUGAAGACGAUCCAGAAGAUUGCCGAAGAACAGCUUACUAAGUUUUGCUCCGACACCCCCACGCCCAUUCUUGCCAUCCGCAAGUAG